GCGAAGAGUACGCUCGCGUCUAUUACGUAGUGUGUUUAUAGUGAAGUGUAUAUUGUGAAGAAAUUUCGAAUGUCGUGAGGUGAAAGAUAGUGUUGUUUUUUUAUCGCGAAGUGCAACUUGUGUUAUCAAAACGAUGUUGUUAGUGUAUUAGAAAGUGAAUUAAUCAAAAUGUGUACAGCACGGUUGUGUGCAAAAUUGAUUUUUGCCACGUAGUGACGCGAACGGGUAAUGAUUCCUAAUGUGGAGUUCGAAGCAAGAUGGUUAGAGAGACUCGGCACCUGUGGGUUGGAAAUUUACCCGAUAACAUACGUGAAGAUCGAAUAAGAGAGCACUUUAAACGCUAUGGCCGAGUCCAGAAUGUCAAGUUGUUGGGACGAAUGGAGAGCCCAAGUGCGAGUACGAACGGGGCUGCUAAUAGCGGUGUGUGUGCCACUGUUGCCUUUAUGGACAUCAAGUCUGCAUCAAAGGCUCAUAACAUUGAGCACGUGUUGGACGAACGAACUCUUACUACUGAGUACUACGAGCCAGCCGCUAUACCAUCGUCCGCGGGCGCGCCUUCUGCCGGCUCGUCGCCUGCUGGCUCUGGCUACUCAGGUUCUUCAUCCUCCGUGAAUUCGGCACCUGCACCCGUCAGCACUUCGCGCUAUCAUCUCUCAGGGGAAGAGAGUGCUGGUAACGCGUGUGCGAUGGCUGCGUCGGCUGCGGCGCCGGCUACUUGGCGAGGCACCAACGACAGCGCGACUGAGUUCUGCCGUCGUGGUAACACCCCUGCGGCAUACGGCAGGUACCAGAGGAACAGCUCCACAGCACCAUAUGCUACGCCCCCUUCAAAUGUUGAAAGGACGACACCUCAUCACCGAUGGUACGCAACCGGGGCCGGCGGGGCGGGCGGUACGGGCGCUGCGGGCGGAGAGAGCACGCCCAGUACGCCCGGCGGCGGCACGGAGCGGCGACGAAGGCUCUCAGGCUCGGGCUCGUCGCGCUCCGAGUCCAGCUCGCCCGAGCCCAGCGAUACGUCGCGUGCGUCCACGCCGGCCACGCACCACCACCCGCAGCACCACAAUGCGAGAAGAACGCCUCCGCCGCAUCCGCAUCAGUGGCCAUCAACGGCGAACGGAAGACCUCUUGCGAUAUGUGUAAGAAAUUUGCCGACUAGAUCGACCGAUAGCUCACUUAAAGAUGGUCUUUAUCAUGAAUACAAAAAACAUGGGAAGGUGGUGUGGGUCAAAGUGGUUGGUCAGAAUGCUGAUCGCUAUGCGGUUGUCCGUUUUAAAAAGCCGUCCGACGUAGAAAAGGCACUAGAAGUGUCUCAAGAUAAGCUUUUUUUUGGUUGCAAGAUCUCAGUGGCACCUCACCAAAGUUGCGACGAUGAUGCGGAGUCGGCGAAACCUUAUGAGACUGAUAUUGAUGAAUACCAUCCGAAGGCAACAAGGACGUUAUUUAUCGGAAACUUAGAAAAAGAUGUAACCCAGCAACAAUUAAGAGAUAAGUUCAAGCACUUUGGACGUAUAAUAGAAAUCGAUAUAAAGAAGGGAAGCGGCGGCGGAGCGGGCUACGCGUUCUGUCAGUACGCGUCCAUCUCGAGCGUUGUGGAAGCGAUCCGGGCAAUGGAUGGCGAGUACGUUGGCAGCUCACGGGUCAAGUUAGGUUUCGGGAAACCAGUCGCCACUACCUGCGUUUGGGUCGACGGCCUCACGGAGCACACGGAAAAGCAGGUGCUGGGCGCGGUGUCGCGGUGCGGCGCGGCCACGUCGGUGUGCGUGGACCGCGCGGCGGGCGCGGCGCUCGUGCACUUCGAGCAGGCGGCGGCCGCGGGCGGCGCCGUGCGCGAGCUGCGCCGCGUGGCCGCGCAGCUCUCCGCCGCCGAGCCCGACCAUCCGCGCCUCUGCGUCGACUACGCUUCCAGAGAGUGCCAGGAAGCUUUCUAUGAACAAUUAGAAAAACAUGGCGGAUCUGCGGCAUUAGCGGGCACGGAAAGAGUAGUCAGCGAUAUUCCUGGUCGGUUUUUGCCGGCUACGAGGCACGAGUCAAUACGAUUCGACGUAGGAGCACCGCGAUCUCGAGCUCCGAGCUUCGGUCGUUCGUCCUCAAGAACACCCCGUUAUAAUGCACAUGAUCAUUACGAUCCUGCUGAUUAUGCUGCUGAUCGAAGAUACAGGGUAUAUGAUGAAUUAGGUUCAAGUCCACAAACAGAUGAAGCAACAUAUGAAGAUAGACUUCAAUCAGUUGUUGUAUCGCCACAUCGUGGACACAAACAUCGACGUGACUCCAGUCCUGAGGAAAGAAAACUGUCAAAGGAAAGACAUCGCAGCGCCGGCGCUGGAUCGAGGCGAUCGCGAUCGGGAUCGCGUGGUCACGUCUCUAGACGGCGACAUCGACGCCGUCGUGAUGAAUCGGGAUCUCGGGGUUCGCGAACAUCGCGCGCUGGAACACCCCUACGCGAUGAGCCAGACGCACCUCCCACUGAGCCACGUCGACCUCCUCGUGAACGACCACCUUUACCAAUGAGUCUGCCACUACCGAAGUUCGCUGUGCAGCUACUACGCGCUGCACCCGCACAACCGCGCUCGCUUCCACCUCCCGCACCCGCUUCUCCGCCGCGACCGCCAUCCGCAUCGUCCUCGAGCGGUGGUUCCGCUCCACACUCUCCUUCACUCGAGGAGCGUAUUCGCUCUCUUGACGAGAAGUACGAAAGGUGGACCGGCUCGCGCGCUCAUGCCGACGCUCCUGAUCGAGCCCGCCUUCGUCAUCGUUUGCUCGAACUCGACGUCAACGAAGUGAAACCUUCGGAGGUCGUGCUCUCUUUACUUGCAAAGCGUUCCGUGUUUGAUGAGGACUCGGAGCGGCUGGAGGGAGCGGCAAGGAUUCCAAGUCCAGCAAGUAGCCCACAUUCAUUGCCAACGGCUGUGCCACGUGUGCUAAGAUACCCAUUUCCUGUGCACGCCGUAGCUGCCACGACGCUACCCUGUUCUGCAACGACAACGUCUGCUGCUAGUAUGAUUUCGUUGGGAGAGCCAGAUGAAAUUGAACGUAUACAUCCAUUACCUCUGGAGAGAAUAACCAAAAUAACUGAUUUUGAAAGUUUACAUGAAUCACGAUUAAGAACAAGAACACCUUCCAUUGAUAGAUCGGUAUUAGAGUUUGCCGAGAAGAAACAGUCGCCAUCUAUUGAAAGAGACCGGGUAGAGACGAGAGCUGAAUUGGAUGGCGAACAUGAAAAACAUGAGAGCAAGAGAAGAAAUUCGUCGAUUUUAAUCUUAGAUGAAAACAAAUCUUUAGCGAGCGAUAAGAUUGGUUUUGACAAGGCCAAUCUGAUUAGACCACUAGAUCAUAUUUUUUUGGCGUCUCAGGAACAAAAAUUGGAUCAAAAUAUUUUGAAAGAAAGUCGGUGCCAUGAAGAAAAAAUAACAACCAUUAAGAAAGAAGAUAACGUCGAGGAUAAAUCUGUUCAUAAAACCAGUGAUUCAUUAGUAAGUAAAUAUGAAAGAAAUUGCUUUCGCGAUGAAACUAAAAUACGUAGUCAAGAUGGUAAAGUAAUAAAACAGGAGACAAUUCAAUUAGACAUUCAAAUGAAUCCAAAUGAAAAAUAUAUUUUUAAGAGCGAAUAUGAUACGAAAACUGAAUCUAUUAUCCAAGAAGACAUUAAACAACAGCUAGAGCAAGAAAGUAAAAUGCAUGAAUCGAGUUUCCGAAUGAAAAAAGAAACUGAACGAUGUAAAGAAAAAUCAUUUCAAAACCAUAUGAGUAAAGAAACUGUGUCAUAUAAAGUACACUCAGCCAAUCAUCUCAAUGCUAUAAAUUAUGUGGAAUUAAUGAAAAAGAAUUCAGAAACGAAUCAGGAUGGUAAAUAUAACGAUAAAAAUAAUAAAGAAAAAUGUGAACCUACUACAGCUUCUUUGCAAGAAGAUAAAACUGGAAAAGAGAACAUUGACUGUAUUAGAUCUAUAGAUAAGACAGUUGAUGAAUCAAAAAUUACUAAUAACCAAUUGUUUUCACCUGAUCGAACCACAACAGAUAACGACAAGAUACAGGAAGAAAAUAACAAAAACGAUCGUGAUAAAAUUAGACAUAGUAGAGACCGUGUUGAUAAAGACAUUGAAAAAGAAAGAUCUAAAAGUAACAAAAGUUUAAAAGUUGACAGAAAUGAAAAAGAACGUAAAUCAAAAGAAGAUAUUUUAAACAUUAAAUUUAAUUCCGAGAAAAUUGAUAAGGUUAAGGCUGACAAAGAGGGUGAAAAGCUAUUGGACAAACUUGAAAAAUCUAGACAUAAUGAUGACAAGAGUGCCCGUCAUGAGAAUCAUAAAAAAGAUAAAACUGAAAGGGAUAGAAAAAGAGACCUGGUUGAAGUUGACAUAUUGACCAAAAGUUUAAAACGAGAAGAAAAACACAAACAUGAUCGGUCUAAAAAAGAUAGCGAUCCUAAACGAGAUAUGAAAAAGGAAACUGAUAAUUCAAAAAGCAGAAAGAGUUCGAGAGAUGAAUCUUCUAGAGAUAUUUGUCGAAAAGAUUCUACAGAUUCCACAACAUCGAGAGCGUCUCAUGACUCAUUGAAAUCAAAGGAUUUGGAUAAUGCUGACAUAAAAGAAGAGCCAAAAGCUCGGUCUAAAGGUGCUGAUACAAUUCAUAAACAUGAAGUUGAUAAAGAAAUAUCGAAGUCUCAUGACUAUAAUAAACUGGAUACUAAACUAAAAAUUAAAAGCGAAAUUAAAGAAGAAAAAGAAUAUGGAGAUCAACACUUUAAACAUAAACUAAAAGAAGAAAAAGAAUGUAGUGAUCAUAAUUACAAGAAUAAAGUAGAUAAUUACUUAGAAAAUACAACAAAAACUAAGGCUGAUAUAUCUGAAAAACAAAGACAUUAUUCAGUUGAUUCACCUAAUCUCGAUUCUAAACGUAAAGAGCGACUUAAUUCAUGUUCAAGCUUACCGUCUCAUAUUGGUCAUAAACGAAGAAUGUCAUCGCAAGAUAGCAUAGACUGUCUUAAUGAAGACAAUAAGAAAAGUCGUCAGGUGGAACGUCGCGAAUCUAAAGAUUCAAGGAGCUUAGAAAGACAUAAGACUACUAAGUUUAGUAAAGGUCAUUUCGCUAAGAUAAUUGAAAGUAAAACAAAAGAUGAUAAGAAAAAUCAGGUCAAACCUCCAGAUGAUAUGUUUCCUAAUAUAAAAGAUUGUGAUAUUAAAGAACCCGGCAUAGAGAAAAAUAAAACUAAGAAAAGUCCGUCACAAGACAAUGAAGAUAAGUCGGUUGGAAGCUCGGAUGCAUCAUCGGAAUCGCUUCAAAAUAAUAUUGAUUUUCUUGCCACGUUAGAACUUAGAUCCAGCGAAGAAGACGAAAGGCAAAAAGCAAUGCGAAAAGAAAUGAAAGAAAAGAAACGUAUACAGCAGUUGCAGCAGAUCCAAGAACUUCAAAUGCAACAAGAUGCUUUACAGCAAGCAGAAAUUAGUAAUAAGAUGAAAGAAGAUCGUAAGGUGAAAAACGAUGACAAGAAAAAAGAAACUCGGGAAAAGCGAAUGUCUACUGAUCGUAAAAGUAGGGAUGAACGUAAUGAUCCUAAUAAAAGACGAAAUCGUAAACAAGUUCAAAGUACAGACACCUCCGAUUCUGACGAACCGAAAAAACACUCAAUAUUUGAUAUAAUUGAUGAUGAACCGACAUAUAUUUCCAUGUAUGACAAAGUUAAAGCUAGAUCAUGCAAGAAUAUGCAAAAACAGGAAGAAGAAAAACGCCAGGAAAAAAUUAAAGCUAAAUUUAGUCAGUUGAAACAAAGUAGAGCGAAACGAGAAGAAAAGAAAAGAUCAAGUUGGGAUGAAGAUAGUGAUUCUGAAAAUGAACGCCGUAAAUGUCACAAAGCUUCUAUGGAUAGUUCAACCGAUGAUGAUCAUAUUGUAAUACAUAGCAAAAAGCGUGAGAAAUCGCAUGGUUCGAGUCUGGAAUAUGAUCGAAAUAGAACAAACGAUUAUUUUGAUGUAGCAAGUAAUGAAGAAGAUUCCCGCAAUAAGCUAUCUCGUAAAAAUUCACGGACUCGCAUUAUGUCAGAUACGUCCGAUGAAGAGAAUGCUAAACGAAAUAUAAAUAGAAGUCCUAAUUUGAUUGAUAAAAUAAAAAAAGAAAUAUUUUCAGAUUCUGAAUCAUCCCAAAAAUUCAAAGAUAUGGAACUUAAAGAAUCAAGUGACGAUAAAGUCAAGAAAACAUCUCUUUUAAAUUUAUUCGGAAAAAGUGACAGCGAAGACAAUCGAAUUAAAUCGAGCUUAGACAUUGAAAUUGAUUAUAGAAUGACAUUCACAAAAAACUAUCCUAAUGAUUUAUCAUCUGAAAAUGAAUCUAUUCCACCAAAUCGAAAUAUAUCUGAGAUACGUAAAAAACAUAAAAAGAAACAGAAGAAAUAUAAGUUUUCAUUUUCUGACGAAGAUACCAAGACAGAGACUGCUCAUGAAACUACCUCAGAAAUAGACACUAAACAUAAAAAUUCUGAUAAAAGUCGUCGUCAUAGCAAUAAAAAAGAAAAACGAAAAGAGAAAAUUCGCGAAAGUCUUGACACUGAUGAACUACGAGAUGAAAAAGUAAAAAUUAAGAAGGAAAGACGUUCACCGCAUCAGUCAUAUGACUUAAUAGCUGAAACAGUUUCAAACAAUAAUAAAAAAGAAGGCAAGAUGGAAGAUAUAUUUGGUCCCCUUUCAGAUGAGUCUGACAGAGAUUCAGGAAACAUAAGUACUAAAACAGAGUCUCUCCCUCUAGAAUUUGAGUCACAGAUAUGUACGAGCAAUGAAAAAGCUACGGCAAAUAAUGAUGAGAUAAAAAUUAAAGAGAGAGAUGAUAGUAGACGAAAGAAAGAAAAAAAGAGGAAAGAAAAAAGAUAUUUCAUUAAGGACGAUGAUAAUAGCCUGGAUGUCGAUGCUGUUAGUAAGGCAAUCGAAGCUCGUUUGUUUGCAGACAGUUCAAACAUUGAUGAUAAUCGAACUAAGACGGAAGGCUUAACCGAAUUUGCUUCUAAAAAAUCAGAAAUUGAAUUAAAAUAUGGAGAUAUAAAUUAUAAGAGGGAAUCGAUUACUUUAAAUAAGUAUAGUGAUAAAAGCAAAAAAGAAUCUAGAGAAAGAAAGAAAAAGAAAAAGAAAAAUAGAGAAGAAAGACAAAGUCGUAAAGAACAUCAUCAUAGCUAUCAUCAUGAAAAAAUCCCAAAAGUGGAGGGUACUUACAUGGAAAAUAAUGUACAACUAUCGCCUAAAACGAUGUUGCUUGAUAUACCAUUACCUAAUGAUAUACAGAAAGUGGAAUUGACUGAUAAGUCGGAUGAUAGUAAGUCUCUAUCUGAAUCUCCAAGUUUACCAAGAAUAACAGAUAGUCCCCCAUUCGUGAAUCAAUCAGACGAAAAUAAUGAUAUGAAAAAUAAUGAAUGCGAUACUCCUAAUCGCUUAGUAGUAGAUGAUGGUAUUGAAAUUGAUUAUGAUCUAACUAGGAAUAUUGAAGUUAAUGAUAUUCCGAUGCCACCUCCAAUAGACAAUAUUGUACAAGAUAUCAGUGAAGUCCCAUUACCUAAAGAUCCACCACUUGAUAUUGAAGUAGAUAAACAGACUAGUCUUACGUCUUUUAAUCUUGAAAAUGAAGAAGAUACCGAUGUAAAAAUAAGUGAAGACGCAGUACGUAGUAUACCUAAUGUAGAAAAGGACACAGAAAAGCAAUCAGAAAAAGGUAUGAAUGAUUCACAUUCCUGUAAAAUUGAUAAAAAAGUAGAAGAAAAACCUCGUGCAAUUAUUUCUCAAGAAGAAACAGAAGACGCCGUCGCUGCAUUAUUGGGUGAGAGUUUUGGCGGAAAGGUGAAUACUUUUGAUAAUUGUUAUGAAGAAGUGGAGAAUAAUACUGUUCAUCAGAUAGAAAUUGAGAGUACACCUAUUGAAAAUGAAUUAAUUCCUGAAGAAGAUGCAGAAGAAAUGAGACAAGCUGUUCAAAAUUUAAAUGCAAGUGAAAUGGAAAUGAAGCCUGAUACACCAGUUUCUGACAAUGAUUUACUUUUAAUUGACACCGACACAGAAGAAACGGAGGAAACAAAUUCAGACCCUAUUGAAAGAUUACCAGUAAACAUUAUAACCGCUAACCAAUCCCUUAACAAUAAUACGAAAAUAAGUCUAGCGCAAACUACAGAAAUAUCUAAUAUUAUUGUGUCAAAGCCGAAGACAAAUAUAGUACAAACUAUUACUAAAGAGUCAAAUGAAAUACCUAAAAAUUCCAUUGAAUCUAAAAGUAAGCCGAUUUUAACGAAGCAAGAAACUGUGCAACAAAUAACAUCUACUGCAACUCCAGUUAUUACCUCUUGGACUUUAUCAAACAAUAAGUUGAUAGAACAACCACAUCUUCUUAAUAUUCCUGUUAGUUCAAUACCAAAUAGAGACAGUAGUGAAAACAAGCCUACUCACAUAACGGCCAAUAUUGUUCAGAUAAAAGCACCACAAAGUCAAAAUAUACAAGUAAACAAUACUUUGAGGCCUAUAAUAAAUUCAAAUAGAGUGAAUCCACCAUAUCAAGUUAUAAACCAGAUGAUUAGACCUCAAGUAUCUAGUAUGCAGCCACCCACAAUAAAAAUUCCAGAACCUCAUAUUAUAUACCAAAAACCCCAAGGUAUUGUUAUUUCACCUAGAAUGACUAAUGAACAAAUAUUACUAAGCCCGAAGCCUAGUCAACAAACAGAUCCCAUGACUUCACCUCGCUUAUCAAAUAUGGUAAUAAAUACUUCGCCACAAAACAUAAAUGCAGUUGGAUUACCUUCCCCGACUGCUCUUCAACAACGAUCUCCAGGUCAAGUAACUGUAGUUAGAAUGCAACAACCACCACUUAGUCCAAUACAAACUGUGCAUAUUCCUCAUGGUGCUAGAACUAUGGUUUCCCCUAAUAGACCUAAUUCAGUCCUAGUGCAAACACAAGGUACCCCAAUACAUUUCAACAGAUUACCGGUGACACCAGUUCUGGCCCCUAUUUCUAAACAAAUAAACGCUAAUAACGUCAUACAACAACCCAAAGGAACCGGAGCGAAUAAUCAACAGCUGAUGCACCAGCAAAAGAUUAUAGCAGGAGAUUGCAGGAAAACGGAAAGUAUUAAUGAUACAGCUAACAUUAUUUUGUCCCCAACAAGAUUGCCACCAAAUUCAAAUCAUACAGUAAUGGCACCAAAUCGUCUUAUUCCAAUGCAGAAUGCAUUACACGUUAAUAAUAUCAAUUCAGCGUUACAUCUUUCUAAUAAAGUAUUAUUAAAUAACAAGAGUCAAUUGAUUGAAAAACGAGAAACACAAACGAGUAAAUCUGAACAUAACCACAUACCAUUUGUUUCUUCACCUAUUAUACACGUAGCUGGUGUUUCUCAUUCAACCUCGUCUAUUAUACAAGGUACUGGUAAAUCAAGCAUUUGUAAUUUUCAAGAAACUACCGUUAGUAGAGGACAUGGAUCAAAUGUUAUACAUACUAUAAAUUCACAAAGAUUGCUUACAACAAGUCCCAUGACAAAUGUUGUACAGUUGGACGCUAACAGAGGAUCACCUUCUGUUUUAUCCAUGGCUACAAUAAAGCCGGCGACUUCAUUAGGUAAACCAGAACAGUCUAAUUCCGUUGUAGUGACUACUUCAAGUCUUGGUAAUGUAGUUAUGACACCCUUACUACUAAAAAGUUCAAGCCCAAAAGCAACUAUACGACUACAUUCAAGAAGUGAAAGCGAUCACGUUGAUAACCAUAUGUCGAUAUCAUUACUAAAUCAUACUCAGCGUGAUCCUGAUUCUCAAAACAAACAACACGACCAAUUUGAUAAAAAAAUUGAGGCGCCUUGUAAAGAAUUAAACUACGAAAAUUCAGCAUCCGCAUCUUCUACAUCACCUGUGGAAAAUAUAAGCAAAUGUGAAACAGACUUCGAGGAAUUAUUAAAAGACAAUACAAAUGAAAUCAAAAUUAGUAAUGAUCCAGAAAAAAAAGUAGAAAUAAAUGUUGGUAAAAAUAUCACACUAAUCCCACAAAGUCAUGAUAGAAAAGAAAGUGCAGAUUAUGCCGCUAAAGAUAAAGAAGAAGUUACUACUAAUACCAAUAUACCAAUGUCAAAACAGACUUUGAGCCCGGAAAUACCAAAAGCUAAAAAUGACAAUGAGUUUUCAACAACAUUUAUUGAAAAGUCAGAAAAUAUUUCGAAAGAAAAUGAUUUAAAAUUUACAAGUUUAAACAAAAAUGAUGAAAAUUUACCUAACAUACAAGAAAAUAAUGAUAAAAUUAACGCAUCUUACGAUAUUAAUGAAAAUUCAAAAAAAUCCGAUUUAAGAGAAGACAAAGAACCAUUUUUUGGGUUAAUUACUAAUCAUAAUCUAAAUGUUAAUAACGAUACAAAAAAUAUUGAAGAAAAUGAAUACUGGACAGCUAAAGAUGUGAAUAUUGAAUCUGUCAUUAAAAAAGUAGAUUCCUUAUGUAAUGAGCAUUUAGAUGAAAAGAAAGAUGAUAUUGACGAAGUAAGCAACCUUAUCACAAAAGGAUCAGAUAUUUCUAAAACCGAGACAAAUUUAUCAAUUGACUCGGUUGAUCAACAAGAAUCCAAUAAAGUGGAACCACCCAAAAUAGAAUCUUUAAAACACAUAGAGAACAAAGAAGAAACAUGUCAUGAAAGUCAUUUAAAUGAGGAAUCUGUUAUAGAAAAAACAACACCUACUGGAAAAAGGGGGGGUCGAAGUGCUCGUGGUAAAAGAACAGAUAAAAAUCAAGACCGAGUUCAAACUCGUCAGAUAAAUAAACCAUCUAGAGGGAGUUCAAAACGUGGCAGGGGCAGGCUAAAAGUGGAUAAAAAAAUAAAAAAUUUGGUAACUAGUAAUUUAAACAAUAUGCCAGGUGAUGUCUAUGAUUUUCACGAAGACUCUGGAGAUGAAACCGUAACAUCACCCAAUAAAACUGAAGUAAGACCCCGCUUAAUUUUGACUAUAAAAAGUCCACUGUCUGGGCAUUCGAAUGCAAUUGCAACAUCAACUCUUAGUAUAACACAGAAAGAUCAAGUGAAAGGUAUAGAGAAAUCGAAAGAGGAAAAAAUUGAAGUUUUUGCAUCUCCUUCAGCAAAUACUCGAAAAUCCAGACGUCUACAGGAAAAGGAUAUUCAACGAAGCACUGUUGAUGACGUUAUUGAUGAUGUAAUCAAAGGUUCUACCGUUCAAUUUAAGAAUAAUAAAGAAAGUAAUAAAAAAAGAUCUACAAGAUUAAGUGGCGCUAAAACGAAUAUUGAUAAAGUAUCUCAAUGUGACACAAGAAAGUCUCCAAGAGGAGUAAAAAGAACUAGAGAUAGGAGUCUGUCUGAUGCCUCAUUAGAUAGCAGCGAUGAAAAUGCUAAAAAGGAUGACGCAGUUAAGGAAACUAAAAUUGCAAAAUUAAUCGAACCAAUUGCUCCUUCUAAGAUUGAAACUGAAACUACGAUCAAAAUGACAACUACCACUUCUACAGUCGUUGUUCCACCAUCUAACAAUCCAACUCCUAUUAUGAAACCGCCUAAGAAAAUGAUAUCUGAGAUAAGCGCCAAACUAGCAAGUGCCUUUGAAGCAGCUGCAAAUGCGACGAAUCGGGUCGGUGGUGCUUCUCCGAUAGUGCAUGAACGGCCGCUUCCGUUAUCCGAGCGACAACCGGAAAUAGAACGAAUCCUACCACCCGCCGCCGAUCUCUCCCCUGCUGCACCUGGUGAGGUUGUCGUAGGAGAUGCCGGAUAUGUCCGCCGCAUCGUCGACAAUGUACCGUCUAAUAUGAUGCCGGUCGGUGCAACCGAGGCUACAGACGCGCGUGUCCAAUCGCCGGCCCUUCCACAUCGUCCACCAUCCGUACAUCAUCCGCCCGACCGUGUCACACCAAUUCUCGUCAGAGGCGGAGAAGGAGAGGCUGGUGCGGCGAGCGCGCUGGGAGGUGUGGCAGGGGCAUCGCGUGGAUUCCGCGGCGCCUACGCGGGGCCGGCCAGUCUGCCCCGCGGCGCACACCAUCCGCCGCACUCGAAGCAGGUCGCUGUCGUCGGACCCCAACAUCACCCCGGAUCACGAGUAACCAUCACGAGUGUUCCUGCAGUCAGUCCUCAAGGCCAAGUGUCAUUGGGCGAAGGAAUGUAUCCUCAUUUUUCGCAUCACCAUUAUCAGAUGUAUCAACAGCAUUUUCGUGCUACACAGUACGAAAACCUGCCCACACCCACUUCUUUCACAAGAGGCGCGUUAGAGGCGGAGGGCUCGGAGGCGCCGACGCCGCCCUUGGAGCUGCGGCGGCCGCCGUCGGCUCGCGUGCCGCGCCCUGCGCACUCGCCCUCGCCCUUGCCGCACGAUAGGCAUAUCAUGUACGGCGUGCGCUGCGGGCGCUCCCCGCCGCCGGCGCACGGCACGUCGCGCCCGCCCGCCGCGCUGCCGCCGCCCGGCCCGCCCGGCCCGCCGCACGCGUCGCAGGUGCCGCGCGAGGCCGACUCGCUGCAGAUGUUGCUGCGGCGGUAUCCUGUAAUGUGGCAAGGGUUACUGGCCUUGAAAAACGAUUCAGCUGCGGUACAGAUGCAUUUUGUGGGUGGAAACCCCGGAGUGGCGGCAGACGCACUGUUACGCAACUCUGACGGUACGGCUGCUUCGCUGCUUCGAAUCGCGCAGCGAAUGCGCCUUGAACCCGCACAGCUCGACCAGGUGCAUCGUAAGAUGAAGCUGGAGAAUGAACAUUGUAUGCUGCUGGCGCUGCCUUGCGGACGCGACCACAUGGACGUUUUACAGCAGUCCACUAACCUCACGGCUGGCUUUAUCACCUACCUGCAACGGAAGCAGGCCGCCGGCAUCGUCAACGUGGCGCCUACCCCUGGUCACCAGCAGUCAUUAUACACGGUCCACAUCUUUCCUUCCUGUGACUUUGCGAACGAAAACCUAAAUCGUAUCGCACCCGAUCUCAUGCAUCGCGUGGCCAAUAUCGCGCACCUUCUCAUUGUCAUCGCCACCGCCAUCGGGUGAACGAUGCAGACUCGCGAGGCGACGACUUUCGCCUCAAUUGGAUAUGAACCUUGAUCCCAGCAUUUGGACGUGACAAAUAUAAACAUUGAACGUGACAAAUAUUAAAACCGACGUGGACACUGCUAGAUGAAUAUUUUAAUAAAAAAUUGUAAAUAUAUCCAGGUUGUGAAACUUCAUUUUUACUAUUAUCGUAGUUAUUCAUCGACCUGGUGGAAACCGCCGAUCAAACGUUUGAUACUGGACAGUAAUAUAGUGUUCUCGGAAUUGCGUUGAAUUACCUCUUCGAAAGUGAACGUUCGUUGUAGUGGACUAAAGUUAGUGUAUUUAUUGUUACGGCUUAGCGUCGCGGCGGCGGGCGCGCUUGUAUAAAGUUUCACGUAGUCGUAAGCCGCCGUCACCUAUUUAAGUGUUAGAUUUAAGACAUAGCUUUGUAAAAUACUUUUGUUAUGGUCGACUGGGCUCGGCCUUAUUCGGAGUUUAAAUUUAUAAAAAAAGGUAUGAUAGUGAUGUGCGAUGUCAGUUGAUAAAGUAUAUUUAAUUUUGGGUUCCGAUUAGAUAAGUGGCAAUCUAUCGAGCAUUUUUUAUUGUUAGUGUAAAUUGUUAUUUUGUUUUAAGCCUAGGAUCUAAAGUAAUUUAAAUCAUGUAAAUACCGAAUCUAUCCAUACUAAAAUUCGAUUUAUUCAUUAGAUCAUUACGGUAGGUAAUGGAUAACUCUGUAACUGGGAAUCGAAUGAUAACUUCUUUAUGUAAAAAUAAGAUACAUGAACGGUAUAUAAAACGAUAAAAUUACACAUGGAAAAUAAACUGUGAUUCUGACUUUUUACGUAGGCUUAUAGGUAGUCUUAAAAAAAGCAUACUGAGCAAUGCAUGUGUAGCCAACGGCGCGUGCGGCGUCGCCUUUGUCAUUAAUAACUAAUAUAGGAUUCAUUACAUAAUAAGUUCACCUUCAGAAAAAUUGUGACUAUUAAACUAUCAUUUAAUAUUACACAAGUCACGAAUUUUAUUUUUGUAUAACUCCAUUGAAAUUUAGAGCUUGACAUUAAGAUAAUUUCUUUAAUUAUGAACACACCGCAAACAACCUUUUAAUGAUUUUUAAUUUAAUGAUAAAAACUUUAAUAGUAAAAAUAAAUAAUUUGAAUAAAUAAUUAAUAGUAAUAAUAUUUAUCGCUUAUACGUUGAUGAUUAUUACAAAAAAAACAACGCUCGUCGAUGCUUUUCGGCUACCGAGAAAACCAAUGUGUAAAGUUUACAAAUUACCAGAAAUAUUUCCAGGGGUGUUUUUAGGAAAAUCGUAUUUUCUAAUAAAUAGUCUCAUAAUAGAAUUUUCUUCGAAACAUUUUGAUUCGAGCGACGUGACAAUCGCCGUUGCACACUUACAUUGUUUCGACAGUUAAUUUCCCAUUCCAUGCGACCGCCUCAUGCUGGUUACUUAUUGCAUUAAUUCAUUCGACUAAAGACUAUUCGUCCGAGCGGUGGUGGUACCGCUCGCGAUAUUCUUUACUCUGAAACGUAUCUUGCCGCAAAUGCUACAGAAAUAACUUUACAAAUAAAUUGUGAUGUUAAGAUCACUGAUUAAUAAUUGUCAUUAUAAGUUGCACGAAUUAACAAUAUUGUACUUCUCAUAAUUUAUAAAAAUCAUUGUCUGCAUCCAAUUCACCUAAAGCUUCAGCGUUUGCUAAUUACGACUCGUUAUGUUUCACCUAUAAUUUCUGCUUAAAAAUGUUUACAUCGUCGUUUCGCAAUGUAUAAUUAGAUAACAGUGCGACUCUUUUGUCGUACUAGAAAUAAAGUACAAAAUAUUUUAUGUAUUGUAAUUUUAUAUGUACGAUAUAGGAAUAACAGCACAGGUAACAUAUUGUAUUGUAUAUUCUUUUUAAGGACUAAUGUAUAGGUGUAUAAAUGUUAUAUGUUUCGUCAUGUUUCCGUCGCAUACAGUUCUCAAUAUAGCUAGGAGGAACACUAACGAACUGUCACUUCGUCCAUUAAUUUUAAAACAUAAUUUUAUUAGUAAAUGGAUGCCCAAAUGUUCACUUAUUUGAUUUUCUUAUAAAGGAAAUCAAUGUAAAUAAGUCUUCAGUAAACAUAGCAUAACAUACAGUAUUUAGUCUUGAUAUUGAAAUAAAUUUAUGAGAUAGUCAACACAUGAGAAUUAUAAAAGAAAUAUUUAUUAUGGUCAAAUUGGUAUUUUUACUCAUUCUUUAUUUAUUGCAGUGGUGUGAUUAUUUUUUGGCAAUGACAUAAAAUACUAUUUAAUAUUAUAACUAUCAAGUUUUUGCCAAUAAGUAAUUGCAUCCUAUGUUUUUGUCAAGGUGUCAAUUACUAAUAUUUAAAAUGUACACAAAGAAUUCCAUGUUCGAGACAAGAUCAUUGUUAGGAUUUGUUUCUAAUUUAUAAGGUUCGGCAGACUUAAAUCACCUAACUGUGAGAAGUAUAAUAUAGUUUUGUGUAGUUAACUGUUUCAAAACCUUUUGCAUAUACAGGUGGUUCCAGGAGAGUCUCACUUCUUGAUGCCUUCAAAAUUAUCGUUAUUUUGAAUACAUCAUGACGUCAGACAAAUAAAAAUACUUUCGAUUUUCGAUUUGCAAUGUUUUCAAGCAUGAAGUGGUUCCGCGGGUAUGGAAUACUGUACGGCGGGUCGCUUGCGGUGGUGGCUGUUGUCUGUGUGCGAGUUGAUAGAGUUUAAAUAUAUGUAAAAUUAACAUUUGAUCUCAAGUGUGCAGCAAAAGUGAUGGUGAUGACUAGACUGUUAUAUUGCAACAGCUGUGACCGGACGCGCUACCUGCUUUGAUUUUAAUAUAGUAAAAUGUAAGGAUAUAAAAAAUAUUGUGAUCAUAUUUCUACUAUAAGUUUAAUUUGCUAGGAUUUAGAAAUAAUUGUAUAUUUUGUACAUAUUGAAAUAGUAUUGUAUCUUAACUUCCCUUUAUCCAAAAACCCAGACUCCUGCGUGUUAUGUACCUCCUACCUACCAAUACUAUUAAAAAAAUAAUACA